AUGACUGAAAGACAUUUUACGUGUUGACAGUCAUUUUACGAGUUUAUUUAUGUUUAUUUUUGAGAAAUAGUUAAAAAUACUUGCAGAGUCCCAUUGGUAUAUUUGACUCCAAUGCUAUUUAGGUGUCCAGUUGUUGAACCUUCUGUCUUUAGACUGGCUUUAUUCCUUGAAUAUGGUUACAAAUUUUCCCCUCUGAAUACCAUCCUAGCCAGGUAGAACAUCCCUUCAUUGAAUGGGGAAGUGGAAAUGUUCUCCAUGUCACCUAGAUGUUCUGCCACGUAUCUUGUUGAACAUACUUGGUGCAGCUCAUGUGGAACCACUUUAACACUUCAGUUAAAAAGAAUAAUACUCUUUAGUACCAGUUUGGCCCCUGGCUUUCAGUGCCAACAAUCACUAGCCAUGUAAUGAUGCUUGUGAUAAGUUGACCUUUCCUCAUUGAUAAGAAAUGACGCAUCCUCUGGACAAAGAAGCCACUUCAUUUGGUCAACCAGGCUUGAAACAUCAGGAGAGAUCCACAGUAUAAAUACAGCAGCCAUAGGUCCUCAAUCCUCGCAGUGGUGUUUUCACUCGUAGAAGACACCAGAGACAAAGCCAAGAUGAAGCUCCUUGUGGCUUCAGUUCUUCUUGUCUUUCUCGCUUGCCCAAAGGAAAGCAUUUCGGUUCCUGUUUUGGUGGUACGCAGUCCUGCUGUACACCCUCCUGCCGUACACCCUCCUGCUGUACACCAUCCUGCCGUACACCAUCCUGCCGUACACCAUCCUGCCGAACACCAUCCUGCCGGACACAAUCCUGCCGGACACAAUCCUGCUGUACACAUUCACGGUGAACCACAUCACAUAAGUGUUCUAGGACAAUUAUCAGUCGUUCUUCAUGACCUAAAAACAGUGAUUGGUGAGAUCAUGACCACGGUGCCAGAAGAGGUGAGUACUGUUGACAAUUUUGCAAGAAACAUUGUUUUCUUUCUACUGAACAUAGAAUAA